UCAGAGUAGAUAGCGUAUACAUAGCAUGAUUGGCCUUCCAAACACGGGAAAGAUGGAAAGAAGAAUUUCGCGAGCGUACUUUAACCGUCGAACAGAACGAGAAAAACCAAAUUAAAUCAAACGAACAACCAUCUCGGCGCUGAAGUCUUUCAGAGCCCAUAACGAGCAUCGAACUUGUCCUAAGCUUACUUAACAUGUUUGUCAUUCAUAUGGUGAAUACAAAAAUUAUUACUAUCCUGCCUUCGCAUCGCUCACAUAUUUCACACUAAAAUGCCUGAAAUCGAAAGAUACUUUGAGGAUUUCAUAAGCUUACCCAAACUUUUACUCACAACAUUGGGCAUAGAUUUUGUGCCACAACGACGUAUGUGGUUUAUGCGACUGCUAAUGAGGAUCUACUUUUUUCUAACUUUGAUAUGUUGUGUCUAUUGCACCUAUUUUGUGGCCGAUGAGAUAUUGCAAGAGAUUGUCGAGGGUGCUCAUAACUUGCCUUUACUCUUGAGAUUAUUCAACGAUUUGAAUUACAAUGCCAUAGGCAUACUUAAGAGUUACUACUUCAUACAUCAUUUGAAGGCACAAAGAAAUCUUUGCAGCAGAUUUGAGAAAAUUUUCCCCAAGACAAUAGUGGAACGUUUUGCCUAUCGUGUCAAUGAGAAUUUCUGGCCCAGAUGGAUUACCACCAUAUUGUAUAUGUAUUUUGGAGCAGUUGCCCUUAUUCUCUUUUCACCUCUGGCCGAAUCAUUGAUAGAGUAUGUCAUAGCUUUCUUUAAAGUGGGCUAUGCCGAUGCCCAAUUCACCUAUCACAAAUUGUAUGAGGAACAGUCGUAUGUUAUUGACCAUCAUAGUCCUUUAACCUACAUUCUCAUCUAUUCCAUGGAGGUAAUGAAUAGCCAUUAUGCCAUUGUCUUUAAUAUUUGCCCGGAUGUCUGGCUGGUUGCCUAUGCCAUACAAUUGUGCAUGCAUUUCGAUUAUGUAUCCCGUUCUCUGGAGAGUUAUGAACCCGUGGCCGCAAAGUCAUCAACAGAUUCGAAAAUGAUUGCCAGUUUGGUAAAGAAACAUCAAAUUUUAUUGGAAAUGGCCGACGACUUGAAGGAAAUUUUCAGUUUACUCGUUUUGGUCAUGCUUUUCUCUACGGUGGCUACCUUAUUUUGUGCUGCAGUAUAUUUACUUACCGAAGGACUGGGUAAAGAUGUCAUUGGAUAUUUGGCAUUUUUACCCACAAGUUUGGGACAAUAUUUUAUGGUAUGCUACUAUGGUCAGCAAAUAAUAAACAAGAGUUUGGAAAUAGGAGAAGCUGCUUAUAGCCAAACUUGGUACAAUGGGUGUCAAAGCUAUAAGAAGUCCAUACUGGCCAUACUAGGGCGAUCUCAACGUCAGUGCGAAAUAAACGCUGGAGGUUUUCAAACAACAAACCUAAAGGGUUUCGAAUCGGUUAUGCGCAUGACUUUUCAAUUAUUUACCCUUUGGAGGACAAUGAUGGAACCAAACUAAGAAGCUUAUUUCAUUAUUAUAAACCAUUAAAAAUAUAAUUUUUUGGUAGUUCCUAAAUAUUGAGUUCGGCCAAUGUGUUGUACACUCAGUAGAUGGUGAAUUUUGACAAAUUGUGAAAUUAGUAUCUGCACUUAUCAAAAUAAACUGUAG